AUGAUAGAUCGCAUCGGGUCCGGGAACUCGUCCGCGCGUCCGCGUGCGGUGCCCACCUACCAGGCGGAGGCGGCCAAGGCGAAGCGCGCCCCGCUGAGUCUGAGGCAGGGCCCACAGAGCUGGCCCCGAAAUCUGCAGUCGGAGUUCGCGGAGGGCUACCGCAAGGAGCUGGAAGCCAUCGGCGAGGAGGAGGAGAGGAAGGCUGAGGAGGACCGCCAAGCACAGUGGGCCAGCAUCGUCCGGUCCCUCGUCGGCACCUGGAAGGAUUCCACAACGGGCCGCCUGCAUGAGGUUGCGCAGGCUGGAGAGGAGCUGAAGGUGCGCGCGGUUGAGGGUGCGGAGCCGCCGGCCAGUCUCUGGCUGCGGAAUGGCAUCGUGGUGCGGGGCAAGCGCCUGGAGCUGGACAUGGCGUCCCUGGGCUCCGAGACCUUGCGCUGGCACCGCUGGCCGAAUGGCCGACUGCAGGAAGAAUGGCACUGGGUGCAUCUGGAGCAGGGCCCCUUCGGCCAGCUCUGGCAGAAGCUGCCGUUUCAGCAGCUGACGCCAGCCAAAGGACCCCAGAAGAGGAGCGCGGAGGUGCACUUGAAGCUGGGCCAGCUGGUGCUGCACGAGGCAAAACGCCACUACCUCAAACAGCUCUGCUUCCUGCCGCAGCACAAGCGGCUGUGGAAGGAGGUGCUCGAGAGCGCGGAGAGCGCUGUGAGGAGCACAGACCUCGUGGCCGCGGUUGCGGAACUUGCCUCCUACGAGGAUUUGGUGGACGAGGGCAAUGUCAACGUGGUGGCCUCAGCGGAAAGCUUCUGGCGCCGCAGCGGCCUGGCGCUCGCGGACGCCAAUCGGCUGCUACUGUCCUCGCCUCUGCGGCAAGAGAGGGUGCUGUGGAUGUGGCGGCCGCGAGGUGACACGGAGGUGGAACGCAGCCGCGAGCUAGGGCGAUUCAUGAACCGGUCUGCCGUCAAGGAGGGCUCAAGGGAGCGGCUGCCAGAGCGCAUCCCCGAGCACAAGAAGGAGGAGGUCCAGAAGAGAGCGGUGCAGUUGGUGCUGGCGCGAGUCUCAAAGGCGCAGGUGGUGCGGUGGUGGCAGCUGCGGAAUUUCUUCCUGGUGCGCAGCAGGGCGCUUGAGGCACGAGGAUUCGACAGUGCCCCAGAGAACGUUCUGGACAGAGUCACCGUGGGCACAACGCUCUUCGAGGAUUUGGUGAAGGAGGUGGACUCCGAAGAUUUUCAGAAGGAGGCGAAAGCCUUGGGCUAUCAACGCCUGGUAGUGCAGCAUGGGCGCGGCAGCUACAGGCUCAGCCAGAGAGACCCGCCCAUCUUGCAAUGCGAGUCCUUUGACCUGAAGCCCAGCCUGGAUGACGAGAUGUCCGCGGCUGCGCUGGUGAUUUCCCACGCGGGCGCGGGCUCCGUGAUCGAGUCCCUGCGGGCCGGCAGGCGCCUGCUGGUGGUGGUGAACCCUUUGCUGAUGAACAACCAUCAGCUGGAGCUAGCGGAGGCGAUGCAUCGGAGAGGCUUCUGCGCCAUGGCCCGCGAGCCCUCGCAGCUGUUGCCGGCACUGCGGGCGGCGGCGCAGAUGGAAAUGCAGCCCUACCCGGCGGCGGACAUCCAGCCCUGGCAUAAGCUCAUGGAGGACACCUGCGGCGUGGCGCCCUGCUGA